AUGCCCGCACCGUCUCAAUUCAUCAGCUAUGUUGACACCCACGUAGACAGCUUCAUUCAAAGACUCGGGGAGGCAGUAGCCAUCCCCAGUAUCAGCGCGAGCGGUGUUCAUCGUAAGGAUGUCUUCAAGAUGGGCUCAUGGCUGCAGCACCAGCUGAACGCCCUCGGUGUUCAAACCAAGUCGAUCGACUUGGGCAGGCACGUUAUGGAUGGCCAGGAUUUACCCCUACCCCCAGUCAUCUUGGGGAAGAUCGGCAACGAUUCGAAGAAGAAGACGGUACUCAUUUAUGGACAUUACGACGUACAGCCUGCGGAGAAGAGCGAUGGCUGGGAUACGGAGCCUUUCACCUUGGUGGUAGAAAAGGAGACGGGCCGGCUUAUUGGACGCGGUUCCACAGAUGACAAGGGACCGAUCCUUGGGUGGCUGAAUGUUUUGGAGGCGCACCAAAAGUUAGGUCUUGAGCUCCCAGUCAAUUUGUGCUUUUGCUUCGAGGGGAUGGAAGAGAGCGGAAGUCAAGGCUUAGAUGAACUCAUCAUCUCCGAAGCUGCGAAGGGAAAUGAUGGCUGGUUUGUUGGCGUUGACUGCGUCUGCAUCUCCGACAACUACUGGCUCAACACGCGGACACCAUGUAUAACGUAUGGUCUGCGCGGCAUAGCGUACUUCAAGUUGACAGUAUCCGGACCUACUCGUGACCUACACUCUGGUGCAUUUGGUCGCACCGUUCAUGAACCUAUGACCGAUCUCAUACUGCUCAUGAGCAAGCUCGUAGCUCCGGAUGGAACAAUUUUGGUGCCCGGCGUGGAUGAUAUGGUCUCUGCUGCCAGUGCGGAGGAAAGAUCCAUCUACGACGCCUUGGACUAUGAUAUCAAGGACAUUGAAGAGGCCGCAGGCGCACGAAUUGCUCUCUCCUCGGACAAGGCGACUGUACUUAUGGGCCGUAUGCGUUCUCCCUCCCUCUCACUUCACAAUAUCGAGGGUGGUGCGAGCGCCAAGACGUGGGGUAUGCAAAGAGUCUUAUUUACUUCCACUGGUUUUCAUAGGCUUGUCCCUCCACAAACGCCUGAGAAGGUCGAGCCACUCGUCAUUUCAUACCUUCAAUCUGAGUUUGCAAAGCUCAACUCUAAGAACAAACUCAAUAUCGAGGACGCGCGUGGAGGACUCCCGUGGGUUUCUGACUAUAAACACUGGAACUACGAGGCUGCCAUAAAGGCGACGGAGGCUGUGUAUAAAGUUAAACCAGACUUAACCCGUGAAGGUGGUUCCAUCCCUGUUACCCUUACAUUCGCAGAAAGCUUGGGCGUGAAUGUUCUUCUGCUUCCGAUGGGCAGGGGAGAUGACGGUGCACACUCGACGAACGAGAAACUGGACAAGUCGAACUUUAUUGAAGGGACUAAGUUGUUGGGCACCUACUUGUACGAAGUUGACGCGAUCAGUGUCUGA